AUGGAACGUCUGCUGAUGCUUUGCGAUGCCGCGCGGGAAGGUGGCCAAACAGUAGAGCCCUUAAUCGCCCUCAGCAUUUGCACCAUUACCAAGAAAGUUGAGCCAGCGGGACGCAGCUUUUUGGACAAAUAUGAGAAGCGCACACCCUCAAAGCAUCGGCGCAAGCAGGACACAAGCCCCACCCCUCCCCCAGAAGAAGAUGAGGAGUACAAUGAGCGUACGGAGAAGUGGAGGGCUAAAAGCAAGAAUAAGAGUCCAGGGGGCGGUGGCGGAGGCAGCAGCUCAUCGUGGGCCUCGGGCACCCAUUUGAAACGAAUCCUGGCCUACGACCAGACUCUUUACCAGAUUUUAGGUGUUGAAGAUGGGGCUAGUUUAGACGAAAUAAAGAAGCAGUAUCGCAAGAAGGUUCUCGAGUACCAUCCGGAUAAGGCAAAAAGCGCGGCCACGAGCCCCUCAGGGGAGACUACUACGGCGACACCGACCUCUGCAGCUGCAGAGGGACUUCCUUCCUCAGAGCAUGAAGCUUUCCUAAAAAUCCAGGAGGCAUAUGAGGCACUUAGCGACAGUAAUUUUAGGAAGCAAUACGACUCUUCACUACCGUUUGAUGAGAGCAUACCAGAUGCAGCUGAAUGCGAGGAUGGUGCAAAAUUCUAUGAAACCUUUCGAGCAGCUUUCCACCGCAACGCUAGAUGGUCGAUUAGGAGGCCUGUGCCCUCUUUGGGCAAUGACUCGACACCGAUGAGAGAAGUUGAAAGAUUUUACGACUUUUGGUUUGAGUUUCAGUCCUGGCGGGACUUUGGCGUUCACGAUGCUCACGACCUGAACGAUGCUGAAUGCAGGGAAGAGCGCAGGUGGAUGGAACGGGAAAAUGCGAAGAUUAGGAAAAAGUACAUCAAGAAUGAGAGAGCGCGCAUCCAGAAACUUGUCGAAACGGCAUACUCAGUGGACCCGAGGAUUCAGCGGCAGAAGAAAGAACAGCAAAAAAAGAAGGAAGAGGAGAGGGCAGCCAAGCAGCGCGCAAUCGAGGAAGAAAAGCGGGCGGCGGAGGAGCGGAAAAAACGCGAGGAAGAGGACGCCCAGCGACGCGAAGAAGAAGCCAGGAACUUGCAGAAGCAGCAGCAACAGGAGCGGCAGAGCCUCAAGAAGUGGAGACAGAAGUUUCGCUGGUUUUUCCGCAAUCUCGGAGAUGUUGAGGAUCUUACAGAACAACUUAGCACCUCUCAAGUUCAGGAUCUGAGCAUGGAGUUGGGCAAAGAGGACUUAGUAAUCUUCUUCCAAAGAGUCCAUGAUCUCCUGCAGCUCGAAGGGCCAGUGCAAGAUGAGGCGGGGGAACCGUGCAGUCCUGCAGAAAUUUCGCCUUCCAAGGAGCAGCGCAAAUUGAUCUUCGGUUUUUAUAUAGAAAAAUGGAGGGCGUUCCAAGAUGCCAAACGCAAUAAGGAGAAGGCGGCAGAGGAAGAGAUGCGACGUGUGCAGGAAGAAAGACGGAGACAAGAGAUAGAGCGCAAGAAGGCUCAGCAAGCCUCUUGGACAGUUGAAGAGCUUUCGUUACUGGCCAAGGCGUUGCAGAAAUUUCCAGGUGGAACAGCACGGCGUUGGCACCAAGUAGCUACCUACAUUGGAACGAAAACUCAAGAUGAGGUUGUUCAGAAGGCAAGAGAAAUGUCCGUUAGCGCCAAUUUGAAGACUAUGGGCUCUAAAAUUAGCCAAGAAGUUCUGGAGCAAAGCAAACACCAGCAUGCGCCGGCUUCAAGUUCAGCAGCGAGAAACGGAACGCAAGCGGAAGCAGAGCCUGGCCAUGCGGCCAGCGCUGGUGGUGAUUCGGUAUGGACUCAGGAGCAGCAGUCUGCUCUUGAAAGGGCACUUGCGAAGCACCCAUCAAGCAUGCCCGCUGUCGAACGUUGGACAGCCAUCGCCAACGAUGUACCAGGAAAGACCCGAAAGGAAUGCGUUGAGCGUUUUAAGCAGGUUCGAGCCGCAAUUCUGGCAAGCAAAUCAACAUGA